AUGACUCAGCCACCUGGUUUUCCUUGUGCUUCUCAUCUACAUCAUGUUUGUCUCUUAAAAAAGGCUAUCUACGGUUUAAAGACAGCUUCCACAAUCACUAUUCUCCUAGUCUAUGUUGAUGAUAUCCUGGUAACAGGUAGUAAUUCUUCUCACAUUGACUCUCUUAUUGCUCACAUGCAUAUUGUUUUUGCCAUGAAAGAGUUGGGGAACAUUUCUUAUUUUUUGGGGGUCUCUAAUAAGGCUUGUGGUGAUUCUUAUUUUCUGUCUCAACAUAAAUAUGCCUCUGAUAUUCUUCUUAAGGCUGGGAUGGCUAAUUACAAGCCUUGCAGUUUCCCAAUUUCUGUUAAGCCUUCUCUCUCUCUCUCUCUCUCUCUCUCACUCUCUCCAGAUUCUCAUCUUCCCUUUGGUCAACCUGAACUUUACCGCAGUAUAGUCGGGGCACUCCAAUACCUCACUAUCACCAGGCCUGAUUUGUCUCUUUCAAUUAACCAAGCUUGUCAACAUAUGCAUACUCCAACUGUUGGGCAUUUUGCUUCAGUCAAGAGAUUGCUCCGAUUUGUGCAAGGGACUUUAACUCAUGGUCUCACAUUCAGUCCUAGUUCAUUCGAUUUACAGGCUUUCUCUGACUCUAACUGGGCCGGUGAUGUUCUCGAUCGCCGCAGCACUUCUAGCUAUCGUGUGUAUCUUGGUUUGAAUCUUAGUUCUUGGUCAACUAAAAAACAACCCACAGUGUCUCGCUUCUCCAUAGAGGCAGAAUACCGGUCUUUGGCUCAUACUACUGCUGAACUCACCUGGUUGCAAAUGUUGCUUAGUAAGUUUCACCUUCCUUUCUCCAUUGCUCUUAUUUUAUGGUGUGAUAACCUCUUGGCUAUUUCCUUAGCCUCUAAUCCUAUGUUUCACAUUCGUUCAAAACAUAUAGAAGUGGAUUGUCACUUCAUUCGCAAAAAGAUUGCUGAUAUCUUUACAAAGCCUCUCUCUGUGUCUCGGUUCCAAUACCUUCAAGCCAAGCUUCUAGUCUCUCCCUCUCCCAUCAGCUUGCAGGAGGGUGAUAAGACAACCACAGCAGUUUCAGGUUCAGCUUCAGCCUUAGGUUCAGCUGCAACUGCUCCAACUCCAGCUAUCCAUUCUCCGUCAGUUACAUCAAGAUCAUUGUAUAGUCAGUUAGGAAUUGGUUAA